AUGUCCACAUGCACUGCUCCAAGGGUGUGCGGCCAACACACUUUCACGAUCAAGGAUUACACCUUCAACAAGGGGCUUGGAGUUGGCCGGUUCAUUAGGUCGAAUACAUUCAGCGUUGGAGGGUUUGAAUGGUCAAUCAGAUACUACCCUGAUGGAAUUAACAAACAAAAUGAACAGUACAUCUCAUUGUCCCUUGAGCUAAUGAGUAAAAAUGAACAGGUGAGGGCAGUGUAUGCAUUCAGAUUGAAAACCACAUCAGUUCUCGUGUCGCAAUGGUCAUGUGUGGAUGAGCCUAAAAUUUUUAUUCCAGAAAGUACUAGAAGGUGCGUCUCAAGCAAAGAAAGGUUCGUGGAGAGAAGAUACUUGGAAGCAUCACCAUUUCUGGAGUCAGAUCACCUGGUAAUUGAGUGCAGCAUUAUAAUUCUGAAAGAUCCUUUGGUCUCAGAGACUGAAACUACCCCUGAAAUAGUGUUACCACCCUCAGAGCUGUCCAAAGAUUUUGAGAAAUUGCUAGAGUCGAAGGAAGGGUCAGAUGUUACUUUCUCUGUCAAAGACGAGCACUUUCCGGCGCACAGGAUUGUGCUUGCAGCAAGAUCUCCAGUUUUCAUGGCUGAGCUCUGUGGCCCUUGGAGAGAAAAAGAGGAAUUGUGCAUAACCGUGGAGGACAUGGAGCCAACUGCUUUUAAGGCUCUGCUACAAUAUAUCUACACAGACAACUUCCUUCCAAUGGAAGAUUAUGAUGAUAAAGAUAAGAAAGAGAUUGUUCAUCACUUGCUUCGAGCAGCUGAUCGGUAUUCAAUAGAAAGACUGAAGCUUGCUUGUGAGAGUUUCCUUUGCAUGAAUCUCGAUGUAGAGACAGUGACAGCUACAUUAGCACUAGCUGAUCAGCAUGGGUGCAACAAUCUCAAGGAUGCUUGCCUCAAAUAUAUAGCUUCUCCAGACAAAAUGGAGAAGGUGAUGGCAAGUGAACAGUAUGAUGGGCUAAAGAGAAAGUUCCCAAAUUUAUUAGUGGAUAUUUUGGAGGGUGUCUGCAAGUUCCGCAAAACCUAA